UCUCUCAUAUUUGAUAUGUUGAUUUUGUUAAAAACUUCCAUGGCUAACGUGGGCGUCUUAAGUUCCCUGCAGAGCACACUUCUGCAGCCCUUCACUGUUUUUCCUCCUGCUUUCAGAUUGUACUUUCUUCUGUACCAGCUGCCUCUACCUUCCUAUUCUGGACUGCGUUACUAAUUCAAAUCUCACUGAAGUUUUGGCACUAGCUGCAGCACUCUAAAUUUGUGCAAUUUACUUCCUUUUAGUAAAAUAGAGUGAUCCAUCAGUUGCUGUGUCAUGGUCCCCAUAAAUUGUUAAUUAAUUGCUUGCACUUUUCCAUCCAAGAUUAAGUGGUUUUAGAUUCUAUUUUAGAGGAUUUAAUAUUGUCUUUUCUCCAAUGUGAUCAUUAAUGGAUGUCAUGGCUGUUAUUUGUUUACCUGAUCAUUGGUACUAUGUUUUCUCCAUGUUGCCUGAGGGACUGUCUAACCUUAUGGCAGCAAGUUUGCUUGAAGAAUUGGCCAUUGGGGAUUUCUUUGUACAAGGAUGAGAUUAAUGGAGGUUAUAUGAAUGUAUAUGUAAGUUGGUAUAAAAAUUAGCCUUUUUAUUUUUCAGGUGCUCUGGAUAUGGUCUAAUUGGAUAACUGUCCUUUUGCCAUUGAAGUACCUGCUGGUUCCUCAAUAGGAUACAAUGCGGCUGUGCUGUGGAAUUGGAUCCUCUUCGAGUUGGCAGAAAGGAAUUCGCCUUUGUUUCAAUAAAUAUGAUUGAAAUAGAGGAGCAAAUAAUCUGCUUAUUGUGGAAUCCCUGGUUAGAGUUGUGUUUUAAACAAAUAUGCCUUCUGCUGUCACCAAGUUUGUGGGUUUAUUUGACAAGAGAGAAAGUUUCUCUUGGACUUAGACAACAGUGCCCAUAAUUUCCUAUUGAACUGGCUUCAGAAAUAUCCACCAAUCAAAACCCAAGAUUUCUUCAUGCCACUAUGGACCACAACUUGUGGAGCAGGGUUUGCCUAUGAUCAACACAAGGACAUACAAAUAUACGUUAAUCAUCUCAAAGGUUUUAUGGUAGGCAAUCCAGAAGCCGAUUAUUAUUAUGAUUAUAAUGCCUUGCCAAGAUAUGCUUGGACCUGUUAUGUGAGACCAAACCAGCUCUACCUCAAAGCCAAACAAGUGCAGUCUUCAAAGUCUCCAUACUAACUUGCCUGAACCCUUAUGAGUGCAACAAUUUCAUGAACACAGUCUUCGAAGAAUAUGCAAAGAUGGACAUUUUCAGAAAAAGGAGAAACAUCAUCAACGAUUUCUCUUGGAUCCAUGGUAACUAGAUGGCUGGUUUUAGCAUGUUCCUUGAGAAUUGCAGCAUUGAUCUUGCUGAACUUUGGACCUUAUGCGUUGCUCUCCUUCUGGCUUUAGAACUUAACAUUAACAAUACCAGUCACCACCCUCGUAGGAACAUCACCAAGAAAAUCACUGGCACUACCAAUACCAGGAGGUGGAGGCCAGCAGUUUCACAGUUGAUUGGAUGGCUAAAAAUAGUCUUAAAAUCAUCUUGUGUUUGAAAUCCCUUCCAAGGGUAUUUUGGCUUAUCAUUCUGGCUGAUGCUGAUAGUAUUGCAUCCCUAGAAUUACUAAAUAAGUCACUCUUUU